AGCCGGGCUAACCGACCCGCCAACACGAGGGAGAGACGCAACCGGGGUCUUCUGUGCGGUUUGAUCGUUCACACGAUGCGUCUGUUUCUGCUGGCGGUGUUCCUCUCGUGCUCUUGCGCGCGGGGCGGCUGCGAACCGAAGAUAGUGAACAUCGGAGCAGUCCUGAGUCAGAAGAGGUACGAGCAAGUCUUUAAGGAUGCGGUGACCCAGGCGAAUCAGAUCUACGGGAGAGAUAAAUUCAAGUUGACCGCCAUCUCCGUAACGCACAAACCCAACGCUAUCCAGAUGGCUCUCUCCGUCUGCGAGGACCUCAUCUCUAACCAGGUGUAUGCCAUCCUGGUGAGUCAUCCUCCCCAGUCCAAUGACCACCUCACCCCCACGCCUGUGUCAUACACCGCAGGCUUCUACCGCAUCCCUGUGGUGGGCCUCACCACGCGCAUGUCCAUCUACUCCGACAAGAGUAUCCACUUGUCCUUUCUGCGGACUGUCCCCCCGUACUCCCACCAGGCUCACGUGUGGUUCGACAUGAUGCGAGAGUUUCGAUGGAACCACAUCAUCCUGAUUGUCAGCGAUGACCACGAGGGGCGGGCCGCGCAGAAGAGACUGGAGACCCUACUGGAGGAGAGGGAAACAAAGAAUAAAAAAAGGAACUAUGAAAACCUCGACCAACUGUCCUAUGACAACAAGCGAGGACCUAAGGCAGAGAAAGUCCUCCAGUUCAGCCAGGAGACUAACUUAACUGCUCUGCUUCUGGAGGCCAAAGAGCUGGAGGCUCGUGUCAUCAUCCUCUCCGCCAGUGAAGAGGACGCUGCUGCAGUUUACAAGGCUGCCCGUUUCCUCAACAUGACGGGCUCGGGUUACGUGUGGCUGGUGGGAGAGCGGGAGAUGUCGGGUAAAGCCCUGAGUGAGGCACCAGAUGGUCUCAUCGGCCUCCAGCUCAUCAACGGCAAGAACGAGUCGGCCCAUAUCAACGACGCAGUGGCAGUGGUGGCUCAGUCCAUCCAGGAGCUCUUUGAGAAGGAGAACAUCACGGAGCCGCCCAGAGGCUGUGUGGGAAACACCAACAUCUGGAAGACCGGGUCCCUCUUCAAAAGGGUUCUGAUGUCAUCAAAGUACCCAGAGGGCCUCACUGGACGUGUGGAGUUCAAUGACGAUGGCGACAGGAAGUACGCUCACUACAGCAUUCUCAACUACCAGAAGAGUCGACUCAUUCAAGUCGGGAUUUACAAUGGAACUCAGGUGGUGAUGAAUAAUCAGAGGAAGAUCAUCUGGCCGGGAGGAGAGACAGAGAAACCGCGGGGCUUUCAGAUGUCCACAAGACUAAAGAUAGUGACCAUACACCAGGAGCCCUUUGUGUAUGUGAAACCCACUGAGCAGGAUGGAACCUGCAAGGAGGAAAAAACCUUAAAUGGAGUGGCAGAUAUUAAAAAGGUGAUCUGCACUGGACCAAAUGAGACCAUCCCAGGACGUCCAAUUGUACCUCAAUGUUGUUAUGGAUUCUGUAUCGAUCUACUUAUCAAGUUGGCCGGAACCAUGAACUUUACCUAUGAGGUGCACCUGGUGGCUGAUGGGAAAUUUGGAACACAGGAGCGGGUGAACAACAGCAACAAGAAAGAGUGGAAUGGCAUGAUGGGAGAGCUCCUGGGGGGUCUGGCAGAUAUGAUUGUUGCCCCGCUGACGAUAAACAACGAACGAGCCCAGUACAUCGAAUUCUCCAAACCUUUUAAGUACCAAGGCCUAACCAUCCUCGUUAAAAAGGAAAUCCCUCGCAGUACACUGGACUCGUUCAUGCAGCCUUUUCAGAGCACACUGUGGCUGCUGGUGGGUCUUUCGGUGCAUGUGGUGGCGGUGAUGCUUUACCUACUAGACCGGUUCAGCCCGUUUGGGAGGUUUAAAGUAAACAGUGAAGAAGAAGAAGAAGACGCCCUCACCUUGUCGUCAGCCAUGUGGUUCUCCUGGGGAGUGUUGCUUAACUCCGGUAUUGGGGAAGGCGCGCCGCGCAGCUUCUCAGCGAGAAUCUUGGGCAUGGUGUGGGCCGGCUUUGCCAUGAUCAUAGUGGCAUCGUAUACUGCCAACCUGGCUGCCUUCCUGGUGCUGGACCGGCCUGAGGAGCGCAUCACCGGCAUCAACGACCCGAGGCUGAGGAACCCAUCAGACAAGUUCAUCUACGCCACUGUGAAGCAGAGCUCUGUGGACAUCUACUUCCGGCGGCAGGUGGAGCUUAGCACCAUGUACCGCCACAUGGAGAAGCACAACUACGAGAGUGCCGCUGAGGCUAUCCAGGCCGUGCGCGACAACAAGCUGCAUGCUUUCAUCUGGGACUCUGCGGUGCUGGAGUUUGAAGCCUCGCAGAAGUGCGACCUGGUGACCACGGGAGAGCUGUUUUUCCGUUCGGGCUUUGGCAUAGGCAUGCGCAAGGACAGCCCCUGGAAACAGAAUGUGUCCCUGGCCAUUCUCAGUUCCCAUGAGAAUGGAUUCAUGGAAGAUCUAGAUAAAACCUGGGUGAGAUACCAGGAGUGUGACUCACGGAGCAAUGCCCCAGCCACACUCACCUUUGAGAACAUGGCAGGAGUGUUCAUGUUGGUGGCUGGAGGCAUAGCAGCAGGGAUCUUCCUCAUCUUUAUUGAGAUCGCCUACAAGCGACACAAAGACGCCCGAAGGAAGCAGAUGCAGCUGGCCUUUGCGGCCGUCAACGUCUGGAGGAAGAACCUGCAGGAUAGGAAAAGUGGUAGAGCAGAGCCCCCCGACCCCAAAAAGAAAGCCUCUUUUAGGUCCAUCAGUACCUCCCUGGCCUCCAGCAUCAAGAGACGUAGGUCGUCCAAAGACACGCAGUACCCACCCACCGACAUCACGGGCCAGCUCAACUUGUCCGACCCAUCUGUCAGCACAGUGGUGUGAGAGGGACAGAAGGAGAGAGAGAUUUUCUCCUCGGAGAGAAAGAGAGAGGGUGGGUGAACGGAGAGAGCCUUCCCCCAGAUCGCUGCAUCGUUGGAUCCAUCACUGCUGAAGCUUUUUGUCCCAUUGGCUUUGCAGUGGAGCAAUGGAGCUGACGUCUAAGAAAGGACUCCCCUGAUCAUAUUCUCUGAUCGUGGCACCUGAUACAGCUGUCUGGCAUUAGUCAGCUCUAGGGUUCUGAGCUUACUGACACAUACUGUGUUUUUAUCUGUUUUCUCUAUUCAUGCUCAAUUUAUGCUUAAAACAGUCCAAUCUUUGUCUAAUUUACUUACUGCAGACAUAGUGAUGCUGGAUACUACUACUAUUUAAUAUAUCUACAUGAUACAUUUGACUGUUUUAAAAAUCUUGUUUAGUUAGAUUACUUAAGUAUACAAACAAGUUAAGUUCUGUACAUAUCAUUUAACUUACAAGGAGGGACCAUAACACACAUUAUUAUUUCACAGUAUUUAACAACAGGAUUUGGCAGGUAGUUUAACUGUUAAGGGUUAGUUAGGCCAGUAACCGAAAGGUCGCUGGUUUGAAUCCUCAUGCUGACUAGGUGAAAAAUCCAUCGAAUGUCCUUGAGCAAGGCACUUAAGCCUAAUUGCUCCUGUAAGUUGCUCUGGGUAAGAGCCUCUGCUAAAUGACUAAAAUGUGAACAGCAUAAUAGGUACACUUUGCUGGAUAACAACUACAGCAUUUUAUUAAGAAAUACUUAUUUUAACUCCAUGUUUAAACAUUUUAGAUAUGUCUUUGUUAAAUUGGACACGUUUUAACAGUGAGAAUAUUAACUUUUGUGACAAUGUAAUCCUUUAAAGCAGCAAUUCUAAAGAAGGAAGCAUGCAUGUAUUGUAAAUAUAUAGAUGCAACUGAAUAUUUAUGUAACUAAUGUCCAUGGUGUUAAUAUUGCUGCUACUGUUUGUUGGAAUACUCCGUGGCACUUUACAAAACACUUAAAACCAUUUUCUAAUAACUCACAGUUUUCUGAGAUACAAAAAUGGUGAACUUUGUUUACAUUGUAUUAUUUGCCCCUUAAUCAUUUUAUAACUGUCUGCCAAACUGUCUGCAUGCUUGUAUAUAUUAUAUCCAGCCAGUAUUAUCCUUUGGUGCCCCUUGAAAACAUUCUGCCUGUAAUGUAAUGUUCACAUUUACCUGUAUUUGGUCCAAUGAGGUCCUUACACCUUUGAUAUUGGGAAAGUGGCAAUGCUCUAUUCUUAUUUGAAAGGGAUCUUUAGUCACAAAUCUAAUCAAAACUACAGGAAAUACUCUCAAAAGGGUGCACAUUUUUGCUUUUUCCCUAGCACUACACACCUGAUUCAAAUAACCAACUCAUCAUAAGCCUUUGAUUGGUGGAAUCAUGUAUGUAGUCCUACGGCAAAAACAAAAAUGUGAAUCCUUUUGGGUCCCCAGGACCAGGAUGAAGAGAAACAUUCUCUAAGUCAAUGUUUGGAAACCCACCUCUCUCUCCCUCUCGCUUUCCUCAGUCUUUCUCAUCGCCAGUGUCAAGGGGUUGCAUCAAAGGGCCAGGUUUUUCACCCAACCAGCACUUGGUCUUUCAUGAAAAACCUCCUCCCUGUGCACGUCAGUCUAUCUUCAAUUUGCACUUUGAGAUCUUCUACAUGAAAGGAACCCAUGUGAAUUGAUAACUCAGCUUAACUUCCAGUCUUGGUGCUGUGAGCUUAGGUACAGUUAUCUUGGUUAAAUGCAAAAAGGACCAUUUCCCAGGUUCUGAUGUUGAGAAACAAAGACAAAGUGUGGCAUGUUGAAACAAAGACUACAGUACCAUUCUGGCACGGCAAUGCACAGCACUUUAACUGGAGGGCUUCCCCAUGUUCCCCAUGAUGUUUCCAUCAACAAGGCCGAUUGAAAUAUAAUUAUGUAUUCAGUAUGCAAGUACAUACAAAUGUAUAUGAAUAAGAGUAGAAAACUCUCACAAGAGAGAUCAUGGUCUAAUUGUUAUAGUAUGAUCCACAGCACAAAAUGGUUAAAUCAACGUUGUUUCAACGUAAUUUGUCAACGUAUUGUGAUGUGGAAAAUACAUUGUUGUUUUGAGGGUGACAUUUCAACCACAGAAUUAUGUCAUCAUUGUAACCAAUUUUCAACAUAGUCAACCUUGAUUAAAAUAUGUUGAAUUUGUACCUUUGAAACAACAUCAGAUCUUCAAUGUUAUAUCCAUGUCAGAAAAAAACAACAGGCUGGGCUGUACCUGGUACUGGAGAGUUGAUCUAUCCACAGCUACCCGUUGGUCCAGGGUUAUAACCAAGCCCAGCCCUGCUUAGCUUUGAUAUUUUCCACUGACUACUACCAAUGUGCUAUCGUGAGAAUGAUUAUUGAGAGAUCUCUUAAUAGAUAAAUAGAUUCACUGUUGCUAUCAAAGUAAUUCCUAAGGUCAUAUAAGUAAUGUUCCCCCCCCAAAAUUACUGAGCGCAAGCUUGAAGGUUGUGAAAAUUCUGUGCAACUUCCAGCGCGCUUUUACUGCUUUAAGUUACAGUUUUAACAGUGGCCAAGUAGGCUACUGUGGCUAUUUGAUCAUAAUGUAGGCCUACCAUGAAAAACUAUGGAGAAAAUGCAUCCCAUAACAUUUUAACAUGGAAAUAGCUGUUCUAUCAUGCAGCCAAUGUCUGGUGUUCAAUGUAGGCCUACAUUCCAUGCAGGGCUUGACAUUAACCUGUUUAUCCUCUUGUCUUUCAUAAAAGGAGGUGACCAAUUUUUUUUGUGUGUGUUGUUUGAUGUAAGAAACCACUUUACAAAAGAAAAUGUAUUAUUAUUUUCAUACGGUUAUUACAGAGAAUCAGACAAAUUAUGCUACCCUCUGCUUAAUGUCUACUUAGCUUAUUCAAGCCUGUCUCAAUAUACAAAACUGCCCCUAUAAGACAAAAAAAGCUCUUUACCUGACUCGCUUUUCAAAGAUGUCUAGGGAUGUGCAUGUUUUGUGGUCUUGCAGGAAGCAAUCACUCCCCUAUUGCUGACUACAAAUGAUCUAUAACUGGGCUAAUAACUCACUAACUACCAAAGGAUAUGAACAAAAUGUGCACACGUGGCUACAUGCAGCUCUCACUUUGAUCUCAAAACAAGUGCAUCUACUCAAGACCACUCGUGCUGUAAACACAGUCCAGUUCAAAGUAAACGGCACAGAUCCAUAUAUGGCAAUGGUCUAUUUGUAUAUAGGCCUACUACAGCUCUGAUUGGUUAUGCCGCAUGGAUCUGUGUAGUGUACGGGCUGAGUAGUGUGUAAUAGAAUCCUACUCCGAUGAAUUAUGCCUACAACAAAAACUCUUGCAUAGUUCGUUUUGCAUGCUAAGUCUUGCAUAGUUUGUUUUGUUUCGGGCAUGUUGCAUUAAAUGUGACUAAUAUUGCAUUGAUUUGACCACAAUUGCCACAGUAAAGGGAAACGUUGAUAGUGUUAACUAACAGGGAAAACUCUAGACAAACUGGAUAUUGAAUUGUGUUUAGUUGUCAACACAACCAAAUAUCAACAUUUGAAGGAGAUCUGGCUUCUGCUUUGGUAUUUCCAUCUGUGCCACUGACAUAGUUUGGCUUGAAUUCCAGUUUGCCUACAAAUAAAAAAAGCAUUUGUUGGAUUCAUGUCCCCUUCUCAACCAAAAAUCUAAGAUAAUGAAUAAGACUAAAUCAAAUCAAACUUUAAAUAAAGUUUGAUUUGAUUUAGUCCCGUUCUUUAGAUUCAAUUUCUGUUUUAUAUGGAGACAAACUGGAAUUAAAGCCAGACUACUGGCACAAAAUAUACAUAUUUUUCAAAUGUUGAUAUUUGGUUGUGUUGACCAAACACAAUUCAAUAUCACUUUAGCAAUACAGCAAAUAGCCUAAAGUUAACGCUAUCUUACAAACUAAUAUAACAGUAUUUAUUCAAUGUUAAAAUGAGUAACACACCAAUGGCCACAUUUGGAGGUUACUGUACUAUAAAUGUCUUCUUAUGUCAUCAUAGAACGUGUGCAUGUUCAAGAUGAUAGCAUGCAAAGGUUUCAGGUCUGUGGAGAGCUUCACAAUUGCUUUAAUAAUGUGCAGAAUCUCAAACAGCAUUGAUCAAUUCCACCAUUUUUGAUGUAAUCUCAACUGCAAUCCAGGUCAUUUGGCUGUGCUAUUACAUGAAGCACAGUGAUAACACAUUAUAUUGUUGUAUAAAUACAGAUUAUCUGACAUUGUCUUUCCAUUCGAAUUUGGUUGGGCUUUUAGAUGGCUGAAAGCAUAGUAAUAACACGCUGGGAAUUCAACACAUUUCUAGCUGUCUUUUUGAGUGUCUCUCAACCAAAUAUUACCCAAAUGUUCACUUUGAAAUGAUGUGGUGUGCCCAGUGGGGAGUGUCUCAUACAAAAAGUAAUUCAUAAUUGAAUGAAUUUGUUUGGUGACAAAGUUUUUGAUGAAACACAUAGAUUGUAGUACUUCACUGGAGAAACAGUUAACACAUUUGUUGAUGGGGCAGCAGGGUAGCCUAGUGGUUAGGACAUUGGACUAGUAACUGAAAGGUUGCAAGUUCAAACCCCUGAGCUGAACAGGCAGUUAACCCACUGUUCCUAGGCCGUCAUUGAAAAUAAGAAUUUGUUCUUAACUGACUUGCCUGGUAAAAAUAAAAAAAUAUAGAACUAAAACAGCAUUUGGUUAAUGAAUGUGAAAUUGUAUCAUUUAAAUUAUUGCUUCUAGUCAAUUUCUCAUUCUGGCCAAUGCAUUGCUUAAGUGUUUUUAUCAGUGUUGUUUUUUGGUUCUUGAAUGCUUAAUGAUAUUGACCAUACAGAUUAUGUUUAUUUUUCUGAAAUGCAUACUUUGAGUACAAUGUAUAUAGAAUUUGGUUUGUUAUUGAUGAGGAUGAGGAGAUUGACAUUCUAGUACCACAAGUGCAAUACAAUGUCACGCACACACAAACACACACUCAAACACGGUAUACAUUUUUAAGUUUAAUUACGAAGAUGAUAUAAAAAGAUUUUCAAUUCAAUUAUCUUGUUUGUAUAGAUGCACUUAAAAAUAAAAUGUACCU